CUUCACGUGGUUUCCCAGAUCACGUGACAUCCAGACCACGUGACCCCUAAUGACAAAAAGCAUGGCGGCACACUGUUCUCUCAGACUGGCAACAAGAUCGGCAGGACUGGGUGGUUUCCUACAUGGCGCUGGUUGUUUAAGAUGCUUUGGUCCCCCCAAAUCCCUACUGAGUCUGCAACAUCGGCACUUCUUCUGGAGGAAGUGGAAACGGUCUCUCAAUGUCGUUCGCCCAGCUACUGUUAGGCCUGCCUAUGCAGUACCCAAGCACAUUGUGCGGCCUGACUAUGUAAGGACUGGACUGGUCCCAGAAUGGCCAGACUACAUAGAUAUCAAAGACCAAGAGCAGAUCGAAGGCCUUGCCAGAGCAUGUCAGCUAGCCAGACAUGUGCUGCUACUAGCUGGACGCAGUCUGAGGGUUGGUAUGACUACAGAUGAAAUAGACUUCAUCGUCCACCACGAGACAAUCAAAAACGAUGCGUACCCAUCCCCUCUCAGAUACGGAGGCUUCCCCAAGUCGGUCUGUACAUCCGUGAACAACGUGGUCUGCCAUGGCAUUCCUGACAGUCGGCAACUUGAAGACGGCGAUAUCAUCAAUGUCGAUGUCACCGUGUAUUUAGACGGUUACCACGGCGACACUUCAGAAACCUUCUUGAUUGGCCAGGUGGAUGAGGUCGGGCAGCGACUGGUGGAAACUGCCAGGCGCUGCCGAGACGAGGCUAUCGCCGCCUGCAAGCCGGGUGCACAGCUCUGUCUUAUAGGAAACACAAUCAGUGAAAUCGCCCACGCCAGUGGCUUUCAAGUGUGUCCUUAUUUCAUUGGACAUGGAAUAGGUUCUUACUUCCACUGCCAUCCAGAGAUCUGGCACCAUGCUAACGACAAUGACACGACCAUGGAUGAAGGGAUGUCUUUCACAAUAGAGCCCAUACUGAUGGAGGGGUCCCCAGAGUUUAGAAUCCUGAGGGAUAAGUGGACCGCGGUGUCUGCAGAUGAUAAAAGGUCCGCUCAGUUUGAACACACUGUGGUCAUCACAUCCGACGGAGUGGAUAUCCUCACUAAACUUCCAGAAGAGAGCAAUCUGUGACCUGAUGGAAACAAAGUGGUCUCCACUAGUUCAGCUGUUAUAAAUCUCUUUACCUCAAAAUACCUGUUGCUAGAACUCGAGUGGUAGUUCACAUUGACAUAUUCAAAACGAGUGUGUCAUUUCCACCUUUAAACUGUAUCAUAAACUAUGAGGUGCACAUACAGAGGGAUACGUGACUGCGUGUUUAGUUCUUUGUUUCAUUUUUAUAUAUUUAUGUAGUUUUUUGAUUAUGUGCAUCUCACUUCAUCGUUUCAAUGUUUCAUAGACAUCUCUACACUUCAAGGCAUUUCUUUGUGCUGUAAAAAAAUUGUUUGAUUCCCAAUGAAAUGCUUAGGCUACCAUGUGCUAUGCUUAAUAACAGUACAUACUUUUUAUGGGCGACUGAAGUUUAUAGUAAGAGUUAAAAGAAAAAGUAGGAUUGAGACUUCAGAAAUUGUCAAUUAGGUCAAUGUAGAAGUGACUCUUGGCAAGUGAAUGAGUAUAGCCAGCAGAUGGCAGCACACACUAAGUAUUUUUUACUUGAACAUGUUGUAGACUGCACAGGCUCCACAUCCUCCCUCAUGUCACUCAUGAUGCACGGCAGCACAACGCAGCUCAUCGGAGCAUGGCAAAUAUGUUUAUGGCCCGUAACCCUACGUGGAAAGUAUGUUUAGAGUAAUCUGAAACUAGGAUUUUAGCCUGAGGCUGUCAACCUGUCCUUUGGAACAAGGGCUUUUCAUACUAACACCAGACUUAAUUUACAAAACCUUUGAAUUCUAUUUUUCCUGUUCUUCUGCACUAUAUAUUCGGUCUACAGGUGGAUUUAAUAAAGAAGUGGACAUGAACUACAAUGUCACGCAAAGUUCCUUCUCACCUCUUUUUUGUUUUUUACAAUAACUCAUGUGCACAUUACCUGAAAUUUCUGUUUUCUAUUAGACCUCUGAUGACAAGCUUGUUAUUUAAGUCCAUUUUAGAUUAAAUGGGAACAUUAUUGGAUUGAUUAAAUCUUUCCCCACAACUUCAA